AUGCUUUACAACGAAUUUUUCGUUACGGAAGAGAUUGCGGAAGAACCCGAACCCAUCACCAGAGAGGUGCAUAAGAAGCCGUUUUACCCGACGUCCUGGGGACAAGUUUACGAUUCCCGUGGAUGUCCCGACGUUCGUUUCGUGGAAAGCUGGAAGCUGGGAAAUUAUGCCUUCAAGAACUUUCUGGUGUCGAUCCUGGGUCAUCCGACUGUUUGUGGCCCUAUUACGUGCGACGACGAGAGACGGCUCCGGUUCCAAAUCAAGGCGACUUUCGACGAGAGUGUCGACCCGACGUCGAAGGAGAAUGUGUUGCACAAGGUCCUUUAUUGGCCUGUUGUUGAUGAAUCGAGACAAGUUCUGGAUCGAUUGCUGGAAUUGGGGAUGGACCCGAACAUGCUGGACGGCAGCGGGAACUCUCCUUUGCACAACUGCGUCAUUCUGCAAAAGGUGGAAUUGGCGAGAUCUCUGCUCCUGUGUCGUGCCAAUAUCAACUCGUGGAGCUGGAACGGAGUCGGUCCUGUCGAGUUGUUGCAAGAAUGUUGGAUGGAAAACCAGGAUGCUGCGUUGAAGCCAGAGUUCUCCAAGCUUGCCAAAUUGGCGUUCCAGAUGCAGUGGUCUGCACUACGUGGAUCAGUGCGGCGUGGAGCAGUAGAACCCAACGAAAUGUACUGGGAUUACGAGGGAUUGACAGCGUCGCAGUGGUGCGACACCUAUGCCAGAGAUGACGUGGCAGCAGAACUUCGUUUCUUUGUCAGUUCCUAG